AUGUUUAGCAGACCGGCCAAGGACGCAUUCGACGCCGCGAGGAAGCUGUAUAAGCGCAGUCGCAGGAUCGCAAGGGCAAAAUCCCUUGACCAGCCGAUCGGCGCAUCCAUUCCAGAGACAAGCGCCGGGUCGGACCUGGAUAUACUCGCCGUGGACGCCACUAUCCACCAAAGCAUAUCCCAAGGUUUGAACGGCGCUACUAUCGAUGGCCAUCUGAGGAUGGUGUGCAACUAUGCUAAUGAAUGGCACCAGCGCAUGGAUCCAAGCCGGAACUAUACAGGAGUUGGUGCACCAGACGGGCCUCUCAAGGGAGGACGUCCACUUUUCUAUGUCGCGGACGUUGAUAACGAUGGUGUGCCGUAUGCUAAUCCCUCAGCCGAGCAGUUUUGGAUGAUGAGGUAUAUCUUUGUUCCCGUAUACAUGCCCCCCAAGAGGCCAGAUGGCCCGAACCAUGUUUCCUUGCUUGUCAUCUGCCCAGUCACCAAGACUUUGGAGUUUCUCGAUAGUGAUAAUAAGCCGGCAGAUGAUGAUUACACGCACGGUCUCGUAGGGCGCAUAAUGCAAUGGAUGUCGAAAUUCUUGGACAAUCCUAGAGAUCUGGAUGCCCCCCAAUUUGUUCCCGAGGAAUGGAAGUUCCGGGAUUCCCGUUCAAAACAGCAGGAGCAAGGUACCACUGAUUGUGGUCUAUUCGUUCUAACGCAGGCGCAGUACAUGGCCUUUGGUUACGAUUAUAGCCAGAGCGAGGAGCAACAAUGGCCGAGUAACGCUGGUGAUUCAUUGCUCUUCAACUACCGUCGAUUCAGGAUCACCACAGAUAUCACUGGAGAAGGUGUGCCCGCUCCGUUCUUCACCUUUUUCAACCCCGAGUUUCGGCUCAAUCAGAUCCAGAACCACCAAUACUACCCCAUCCUUGACACCCCUCCAGUGCUGGAGGACAUGCUAUGUGGACUGCCGCUGCAAAACCUGGUUGAUCAAGCAUUGUCGACGCAACCUGAGAUUCUACCCCAACUAUUCAGACGCCUGCGCCUCAGGCCGUUCUUUACAGUUUUUCAGACAGUGGGUAGAGCAUAUGGACCAGAGCCGACUCAGUGGAACAUUCAACCCCAAGCCAUUUAA